GUGCUGCCCCCAAAUGAGAUCCCAAAGCCCAUUAAACCCCCAACUUACCAGGUACUGGAAUAUGGAGAGGCUGUGGCCCAGUACAACUUCAAGGGAGAUCUGGAGGUGGAGCUAUCCUUCCGAAAGGGGGAGCGUAUUUGCCUGAUAAGGAAGGUGGAUGAAAACUGGUACGAGGGACGCAUCUCAGGGACUGGACGACAGGGCAUCUUCCCUGCCAACUACGUCCAAGUCUCCAAAGAACCCAGGCUCAAGGUCUGCGAAGAUGGUCCUGCCCCCACGCACCUGACCCUGGCCGGCUCCCAAGUUCCUGGGUCCCCACGCCUGGGCACUUCUCACCUGGCAAGGCCACCUGGUUCUCCCUCUGCACCCCAAAACACAGUCGACAUCACCGACUGGGGGGGCCGAACAUCUCCCUAUCGCACCUUUCGUUCCAGCACCCAGGAACCUUCCCCAAGGACCUCUCCGUCCAGACCUCAAACCCAGGGUCUUGGUGCCUCUAGGACAUUACCACACCACCAUGGGGGUCCCAGCUCUCACCAAGACCCUUCUUCCCCUUCCUCCUCCGGAUCCUCUAAUAUUCACUGGACCCCGUACCGGGCAGUAUAUCGGUACUGGCCCCAGAAUGAAGAUGAAUUGGAGCUUCGUGAAGGAGACCAGGUGGAUGUCAUGCAGCAGUGUGAUGAUGGCUGGUUUGUGGGUAUGAUGAGCCCUGGGCCGGGAACGGGAAGGUGGCUUGGGGUGGACCUGGAGGGACUGGGACCAGCCCUCAUUUGUAGCAGCUGCUGCCAACACCCUGGGCCAAGGCCACUCACUGCCAGGCAGGUGACAGAAGGUCUUGUAUUUCUGUAACAUCUUUAUUUUU